GGUGUGGUGAGGGGAUACAUGCAGGCAAAUGAUUCAGUGGUGUGGAGGGGUGGGGAGGUUGGAGAAGGAUGGUGGCCGCAGUAUGGGGAAGCUCCUUUUCGGGUGAUGGGGAGUUAACCAGUUUCCUCUUUGGAGCAGCACAUGGAGGAAUUCUCAAUGAGUGGGAAACUGAUGAGCAUCUUCGGCCUCUUCUGCAUGGACUGCAACCACGAGAUCAGCAAAGAGGCAUCGGAGGCAUUGCAUUACCUGUUCAAAAUCCUUGUGCUUCAGAGAAGUGUGAAACAGAAGACAGAGACUAUUCUGAAGGAUUUGCAGAAGCAUUUCCAUGGAGCAUGGCUUGCCAGCCUGCAGGAUCUAACACUGUUCUUCAAGAAAUACCUGACCCCUGAGGAGAGAGCAGAUAUGAUCAUAGUGAGCAUGGAGGCCAUGACCAACACCAGCAGGCAUGACAUCUCUGCAGCUUCCAAGAUGUUAAAGAUGAUCCUGAAGUACACGAUUCCAGAGAUCGGGAAGGUGCCAGAAAUCAUCCAGUACAUUUACUACCACAUGAACAGCAUUACAGAAACCACAGCCCAAAAGACCAUUAAGAAGAUCCUGUAUUUGCUGUCCCAGUACUACACUGAUGAAGUUAUCCUGACACUAUUGAAAAUUGAAGAUCAGUCACAAAAGGGGGUUUGCAGGCCCUGGGAAAUCCUGGCAUCCUUCCCCAAAGGCUACGAAAUGAUCAUGGACUAUCUGCUCCAGAGGCUGACUCCACACCAGAGAUCAAAGGACCAGGAGCCCAGCCACAGAACAGAGAUCUCACCACUGAUUGCCACCAGAGCCAUCCAUGAGCUCCUGCUGGAACCCAGUCGGCGGAUGGAGGUGCAGUCCUUCUUCUCCUCCUUGUUCAUGGCCUUGCUGUUCCAGAUCUCCUUUUUGGUGGUUGAAGUGGACACUGAAAUAAGCCAGGAUCAGCAACACAUAGCUGAAUGUGUGGACCCUAUAAGUUCUACUGUGGAGGCCCUGAAGACCUUGAUGCGAAGUUCUGGGUAUGGGGACUAUGUGUCUUCUAUACAGAGACGUAGGGGCUGGUGGCUUCUUGUCAAUCCUGAAAGACACUAUGACGGAGUCACUGUGCUGGCAAGGUCCCUGGUCAUCAAUAACUGUUGGCACAACCGCCCCCUCUUCAGCUCCAUCAUCAGAUUCCUCCAGGACCCAGACUGCAAGAAUCACUUAACGGCCCUUGUGUUCCUGACAGAGCUGCUCCAGUGCCCAGAUGUGGCAGCCUUAGUGGAUGACUUCGCCACCCGCAUUCUGGCAAACUGGUUCAAGAGUGAGGAGCCAGCCAUAGUGAAGCCACUGCUGCAGAUGCUAGAGGUCUUUGCGAAGCAUGAAAACAUGGUCCCCUGGAGGUUGCUGUCAUCAUCAGGGAUGAGAAGGGCAGUGGCGAUGGAAACUUAUGGCAUGGUGGGAGGAGGGGGCCUCCUCUGUUUUCUCCCCUUUUCUCAUGAUGGACGCAAGGUGAGGCGGCUCCGAAUCCUCCAGCCGUAUGUGCUGAACUGCUGCUACUCCUCGAACAGCGACAUAGUACUGGAGACUCUGCUGGUGCUGAAGAAUCUCCUGAGCCACCUCACCUGGCGGCACUCCUCCUCCUUCCUGAUCCAGCUCACCUUCACGCUGGUGCCCUUCUUUGAGGAGGUGUCAGAGCAUCUGCGGUUGGUAGCCUUUGAGAUCUAUGAGAGUCUCUUGGCCAAGGUCAAGAAGAGAGGCCUUGUCUUCCCCUUGAAGCACCAGAUCCUCAACUUGCUAGUCCCCCUGGUGCUCCACCUGAGGGACGUAAAUACCGACGUGGCUCUGGUGAGAGGCCAGGCCUUGGAGCCUGGUCUUCAGUCCCCGUUUUCAUGGGAGAUCUGCCGGUCUGCCCUCUGCCACACAGCUGCCAUGCUGGGCUGGUCAAAGCUGAAAGCAGUAUUUGCAGAGAAAGAUGUGUGGAACAUUCUUGGAGCCCUGCUGGAGCAGGAGACAGACAAAGCCCUCUGGUUCCUGAAGCAGUGUGUGGCUCUCUUCAAGAGCCCACAGGUUCCCAUCCGCUGGGCAGCUGUGUGGUUUGCAGGCCAGAUUAUCCAAACCCUAGACUUGGAAGAGAUUGAUGAAAUUGAGGAGGUGUACACAGCCCUAAGGCACAUGCAGAGAGACCCUGACCCCAUGGUCAGCUGCCUCACUACGCAGACUUUCUAUAUCCUGGAAGCCAAGAAGAAGCUGCUACUGGCCAAGCCCCCGACCUCCUGCUUCUGCAGGAGGAGGCCCCAAAGGCACUACUUCUGAGCCUGCAUCCUUGAGUCUCAGAUGUAGGCCUGACCAUCAGACCCUGUGACAAUGGGGCCAGAUUCCUGGGUCCUGCGCUAGAAAUGGAGGUAUAUCCCUGCAGAAUCUUUGUAAUAAAAGGAAAAAGCAUGCACCUUUGUGAAAAUAGCUAUUAUGUUGUCUUUCCAGUCAAUUCUUGGCCUUCUGGGGUAGAGUCACUUGUGAGCCACCUUCUCUCCUGUGAACAUCUGGGUCGGGGUGACCUUUCCCUGCUCUGCCCCUCUGCUCCCUUCUCCCAUUCAGCCAUGGGUCUGAGGCCAGAGCCAGCUGUUUCUUUUGAACCAACUUCAACUAUGAGCCGAGGGGGAAGUAAUGUUGGCAUACAUGAGGUGUUCUAGAAUGCAGUUGUGAUGGUAAGCAACAGAGUUGUUUAAGCAGGAAAGUGAUUUAUUAAAGGGUUGUUAGUGAAAAACAUCCUGGAAGAUCAGAGAGUUUGGGUACCACAGAGCCAGGGAUAGUGCUGCUCUAUAGAAACACCACCACGACUGGCCCUUGGCACAGCCCAAACCACACCCCAUGUGUCAACACUCAGGCCUGGAUACUUGUCCUGCAGUGCCCUGCCUCUGCCAGGGCAGUUUUGCUUUGUUACAAGCGAUGAUAAAAGAUAGAUCUUAUUAAAAACCUAUUAACAGGUCAAGAGCAUUGGGAUGAGACCCACCUCAAAGACUGCUCUGACACCCCCACAAGUCACCUCCUCACUUUGGUCAGGUAUAAAAUAACAAAUGCAAGGUAAUGAAUAAAUGGAAAGUAAUGGAUUCUAGGGCUAUCUCUGUCCCAGGAUGAUUUUGGCCAACUCUGUUGGCCUCUAUGGGCCUCAAUUCUGUAAAAUGUAAAUUUAUAAACAGAGAGUUGGGAAACAUUGUCUUUGUUUUUAAAACUCAACUUCAGACGCUGAGAAAAAGAUACCUUUUAAGAUACCACCUAGUUCUGACAAUUGAAUGGCUCUUACCAAAUUCUGAGAGGUGCCAUUCCCUUGUGCCUGGGAAAGCUGCCCCGUAGCUUAUAUCGUAAAUGGAAUUUUUCUUGACACUCUCUUGUUUUCCAAAUUUUCUAAAGUAAGCAGAUAUUAUGCAUGUAAUCUGGAAACAAAACACCACCCCACAUUAAAAGAAUACAAGAAGAGGCCGGGCGCGGUGGCUCAAGCCUGUAAUCCCAGCACAUUGGGAGGCCGAGACGGGUGGAUCACGAGGUCAGGAG